ACCGGAAGUCUUAGCCUCGUUUGCUUUACGAAAAAGUCCGACUAUUAUUUACACCUCUUCACAUCAAAUCAAGAUGACAGACAGAUACAACAUCCACAGUCAGCUGGAGCAUCUCCAGUCUAAGUACAUCGGCACCGGACACGCCGACACCAGCAAAUGGGAAUGGCUGGUCAACCAGCACAGAGACUCUUACUGCUCCUACAUGGGACACUUUGACCUGCUCAACUACUUCUCUGUGGCUGAAAACGAGAGCAAAGCGCGCGUUCGCUUCAACCUGAUGGAGAAGAUGCUACAGCCGUGUGGACCACCAGCAGACAAGCCUGACGAUGCCUAGGUUACAAUGGAGUGAGCUGUGGAGGUUUUUUAACAGGAUCUUUUAUUAUGUUUUUGAUGGACAUUCAACUUGAUUCUACCAAACAUUUUCAAUGUUAUACUCAAUGUUAUAAUUUCACAUUUCUUGCCAUAAAAUUAGCACUGCUGUGUUCUUAAUACUGGUCCACUUGCACAACAGAAGAUACCUGGACUCAUAUAUUUACAUUUUUUGCAUCUGGACUGCUGAAAAACAUUGAUUCUCACCCCUUACAGCUCUGCAGCUUUCAGGGAAGUUACCUACUAAAAAGAAUCAGUGUGGAAAGUAGGAAGGUCUCCAUGACCUUUUUACAGAAAAUCAUAACAAAUAUUUGUUAUUGCUACAUUACAGAGAAUGGGAACUGUUUAGAGGCACUCAUCUGUCAUGUAUUGGUAGUUCUUGAUUGAAAUGUUUGUUUUGAUUAAACUUUGUAUU